AAUUGCCAGGAAGCAAGAUGGUAAUAUUGGCUACUGGUGAAGUAUCGCGAUAAGAGCUUCCGCGAGGAUUGGUGCGAGAAUUGGAAAUCAGCUCCGGGAGGGCGGAGGUAGGAGCCAGAAUUGGGCCAGAAGGUGGCGGGAGAGGUGGCAGCGGGUAGAGUGCCCCUAAAGGACUCGGUGGCCGGAAUUGUCGUCAUGGAGUCUAUCAUGGUACCCAAGAUGGAAAAUAUGAAAUUAUUGGAUUGUUAUGUGGAAAGGAAACCAAGUAUUGGAAUUCUGUAUCUUACUGCAACUUACCUGAUCUAUGUGGAAACUUCUAGUGAAGCCUGGAAGGAAACAUAGAUUGCAGUUCAUCACAUUGCCACUGUGGAGAAAUUACCAAACACGAAUCUGUGCUGUCCUUCUAUCCUCCACUGUAAGAACUUCAGAGUGGUCCACUUUGUUUUAUUUUAUCCUUUUUCUUAUAAUUCCAAGUCAUCAAAAGAGAUGAGGGAGAAUGGAUGGAAAUUGACUGACCCAAUAUCAGACUUUGAGCAGGGGAUUGACUACCCAUCUGGUAGUCAGACCAUCACAGAUGCUAACACAAGAUACAAGACAUGCAGUACUUAGCCACCUGAAAUAGUGAUUCCUAAAUCUGUUACACUGGAGACAGUGGUUGAAAGUUCAGAGUUUAGAAGUAGAGAACAUGUCCCUGUACUCUCCUACCUUUACAAAGAAAACAAUGCUUCCAUUUGCCGCUGUAACCAGUCAGUUGUGGAUUUUCAUGCACUCUGUAGAGAUGAUGAGCUUUUAGUAGAAGCCAUUGGCCAAGCAAACCCAGGAAACCAGGUUAUGUAUGUCAUAGACACAAGACCAAAGUUGAAUGCCAUGGUCAGCUGAGCAGCUGAGAAGGUAUAAGAGAAUGAAGACUACUAUGCCAACAUUCAUGUCAGAUCCAUGGACAUUGAGAACAUCCAUGUGAUGCAGAGCAUCCUGCAGAAACUCUUCAGAGUUUGUGAAUUGAAAACACCAACAAUGAGAGAAUUUCUUAGCAGCCUGGAGAGCUCAGGGUAGUCGAGACACAUGAAAGCUACUAUGGAUGCUGGAAUUUUCAUUACAAAGGCAGUGAAAGUGGAAAAGGCCAGUGUUUUAAUCCAUUGUACUGAUGGAUAUGACCGCAUCACACAAGUCUGCUCAGUGGCCAGCAUCCUCUUAGAUCCAUUUUAUAGGACAUUUAAAGAGUGGUAUCGUCACCUGGAUGGAGACUCUAAAGUGUCCCCUGUCUUCACUCAGUUUCUAGAUUGUAUUUGACAAGUAAUGGAACAAUUUCCCUGUGCCUUUGAGUUCAAUGAAAAAUUUCUGCUGGAGACUGACCAUAUUUUUUGUUGCCAAUUUGAAAACUUCCUUGGAAACUGCCAGAAUGAUCGUGAGGAUCUAAGAGUGUAUAAAAAAACAUAUUCCAUGUGGUCUUUCUUGGUUCAAAGGAAGCCAAACUUCAGGAACUCUCUCUAUAAAGGCUUCACUAUGUACGGGGUGGUCAGUCCUACUACUGCACCUUGUAACAUUCAGUUCUGGUGUAGUGUUUAUAAUUGUUCUGACAAAGAACUAUAGCCCAAGCAGAGCAUACCAGAGAGACUGCUGGAAUUUAAAGAACAAAGAGCAAUGAAGGCAGACGUGCAAAAAGUAGAAAAGAAACUGAAAGCCUGUGAUGAUCCACCAGAAGAGAGCUAUACCUGUUCUCAAUUUGGGAACUUAUCCCAGCACCUGGGAAGUUCUUUUACCAAUGCUCUUGGCUUUAUGGGUACUGGUGGAGACCUGAAUACUUUGAUGGAGAAUCACACACUGUCUAUAGAAGGAGGUCUCCAAGCUCAGAUAGGUUGAGUAAAAAGCCAGUAUGGUGCCAUCCACCAUGGCUGUUGUCGCAGUGCUAUAGACAGCUUUAGGACCCUAAACUUCUCUGGAGACUUGGGCAUCUCUGAGCCCAGGGGCUGCUCUGAAGACAUGAACACCUUUAAGGCUGCAGGUUUCUCUGAGGCACACACAUGUCUGAAUUUACUAGCAUCUCCACAGACAUGGGUAUUUUAGGAGAUGUGGACAUCUUUGAAGACAGACGUCUCCAAGACAAGCAAGAGGAAAAUGGACUACAACAAGCAACAAUGAGCUAGCUACUGUGGUAGGUGUGUGUAAUUGCAGCAGCCACAUGAUCUUUAUCCUAAAGAGGGCUAUGCUGCUUUCUCGGUUGUUACAAAUGAGUGAGGCCAGGACCCUCCU